AUGGAAGAAACUGCAAUAGACAAUGGAAAUUUUGGGAAAAUAUACAAGGGGGAUUUCCGAGGCAAUCUGGUUGCAAUUAAAGUGCUGAACCAGAAUAACAGGUUAUCCAACUAUCGCGAGCUGAUAUGUCUGAUGGAAUGUCGCAGCCCUAACAUUGUGGGCCUUAUCGGCGCUGGCCCAUGUCCUACAGGGAAAAACCUUAAGUUUAUCGUUAUUGAAUUUGCCCGGAAUUCCUCUUUAGAACACCUUCGUACAGCACGCUUCGAGAAAAGAGUCGGUAAACCCUGGCAAGUAGAGUACACAAUGUCUCACACAUUCCUGUGGUUUCUGCACGCAGCAAACGGUCUGGAAUAUCUUCACGAACAUUGUAACCCACCAAUGAUCCAUCGUGACAUUAAACCAGCGAACAUGCUCCUUUUUGACGAUUGUCGCUCACUUAAGCUGUGUGAUUUUGGAACUACCCGAGAAGAGGACGAAGAUGUAACCUCGCACCAGGGAUCCGUUAGGUAUAUGGCACCCGAAGUAUUUGAGCGUAAGUAA